AUGAUCUCUUUGGGAUACAGCCCUAGAAAAGCUGAAUUACAGGAUAUGAUUAAUGAAGUAGAUACUGAUGGUAAUGGCACAAUUGACUUUCCAGAAUUUCUGACAAUGAUGGCAAGAAAAAUGAAAGACACAGACAGUGAAGAAGAAAUUAGAGAAGCAUUCCGCAUGCUUGACAAGGAUGGCAAUGGUUAUAUUAGUGCAGCAGAACUUCGCCAUGUGAUGACAAACCUUGGAGAGAAGUUAAUGGAUGAAGAGGUUGAUGAAAUGAUCAGGGAAGCAUAUAUUGAUGGUGAUGGUCAAGUAAACUAUGAAGAGUUUGUACAAAUGAUGACAGCAAAGUGAAGACACUGUACAGAAUGUGUUAAAUUUCUUGUACGAAAUUGUUUAUUUGCCUUUUCUUUGUU